ACGCGCGCGUUUGCGGCAGUAAGAGCGCGCAACCGGUGCGAGCGCCCGACCGAUGCAGCCCGCGCGUUCCCGCCAACCUGCGCCCGAACAAGUUCCAUACUUUUGCGACGAAAAAUUCCUGUAGCCCGGCCAGGAGGAAAAUCAAGCUGGCUAACAUCAUGACCGGAGUGAGGAUGGCGAAUCCGUGCGAGAGACGCGCUGUGGCGUGCGUGUUACUGGCAGUAACUGCUGUAGUCGCAGCCGCAUCCUACGACCGUGAGCGGCUGGAGAUCGCCAAGCAAAUCCUCGAGGAAGUGCCGCUUACUGACGGGCACAACGACUUACCGUGGAACAUCCGCAAGUUCCUGCGCAACCAGAUCAAUGAGUUCGAGCUGGACACCGACCUCAGGAGCGUGGAGCCAUGGUCCAUCUCCAGGUACUCCCAUACGGACCUGCCGCGCCUGCGCGAAGGCAUGGUCGGAGCACAGUUCUGGUCGGCGUUCGUACCAUGCGAAGCUCAAAACAAGGACGCUGUACAACUCACCCUAGAACAGAUUGACGUCAUUCGCCGCCUCAUCGACAAAUACCCGCAGCACCUGCAGCUAGCGACCUCUGUUACCGAUAUCCUGCAGGCGCACAGCGCGCGGCCGCGGCGAAUCGCGUCUCUCAUCGGGAUAGAGGGCGGGCACUCCAUCGCCAACUCACUGGGAGUCCUCCGCAGCUACUACCAGCUCGGAGUCCGAUACAUGACCCUCACGCACACCUGCAACACACCCUGGGCUGACUCGUCGGCCGAAGCACCCGUCGCGAAUGGACUCACCGAGUUUGGACAGAAAGUGGUGCGAGAGAUGAACCGGCUGGGGAUGUUGAUAGACCUGUCCCAUGUGGGGGAGAACACUACACGAGCCGCGAUCAAACUCUCCCGAGCACCUGUCAUCUUCAGCCACUCAUCCGUCUACAGCCUCUGCCCCCACAAUAGGAACGUCCCUGAUGACAUCAUCCAGUCUCUGAAGGAGAACGGCGGACUCAUUAUGGUUAACUUCUUCCCCGACUUUGUGAAGUGCGGUCCCAACGCGACCCUAUCCGACGUCGCCGAACAUUUCCACUACAUCAAGCGGUUGAUCGGCGCCGACUAUGUCGGUAUCGGCGGAGACUUCGAUGGUGUCAACAGGGUUCCGCGAGGUCUGGAGGAUGUGUCCAAGUACCCCGAGCUGUUCGCCGAGCUGCUCCGAAGCGGUCAGUGGAGCGUGCAGGAACUGAAGAACCUCGCCGGCCUCAACAUGAUGCGUGUCAUGCGCCAAGUCGAAAAGGUCCGUGACGAGAUGAGAACUAAUGGCGUGGAGCCGGAAGAACACCCUGACUCGCCUAACGACAACGGGAACUGCACCAGCAACGCUUUUGCCUUUCUUGAGGAAUUUGAGAAGGCAGCCUACGCGGCCCUGCUCAGUCGAACCGGGUAGAUAACUCGUGCUGUUUAGAAUUGAAUUAUUAAUGUAAUCAGUGUUGUAGAUGCCUAGUAUGUGUGCGAUGUGAACUAAGCACUUCUUCCUUCUGCGGCCGCGCGUCGCGCGUCAUGCGUUGUGACCGCUGUGCCGCGUCGCCGCGUCACUACCUCUCGUCCUCAUCGUCUCCGAGUGGCGCCAUCUAACGGUGAAAUGCAACUAAUACUACCUACCUAGUUCAAACAUACCUUCAACUUCCCACUUAAAUUAAUAUAAGUAUAUUUUUUAUGUAAAAAGUUGCAUUUACAUCAAACAGUGUGUUUCAAAAACGUAGGUAGAACCAUAAUGAACAAAUAAAAUUUGAAAAUAAAUAAGGAUGUAAUGGGAAAGCUUACUUAAGCAUUAAGAGAGAGUCAAGGUAAAUAUUACAAGAAACUAUUUUAUUUACUUACUAUUGUAAUAAUUAAAUAAAAUGAUAUAAAGAGUUGGAUAAGAAAGUAGGUAGCGAAUAAAUUUUAACAAUGUUUAAAAUAAUUAUUUCUCUUUUAAAUAGUUUUAUUAAAAUUUUGGGGGUUAUAAAAACGAAUUGAAGCCAUCGGAAGCCGUGUUGUUCUUCUUCUUUCGCUGCUUAAGGUAUCAUAGAGAUUAAUAUAGGAAUCAUUUAUAGUAGAACAUUAUAUUGCCGUAUGUACUUGAGUGUUGUAUGCAUAACCACGGAUAUCGUUCAAUAGCACUACUUGUAAAAUAGACGCACAAUAGUCGGUUUAGCUGGACUAUCCGCUUAAUGCCGCUCAGUUCGAUUGUUUAUUUGAAACAAUGUGCCAUGCGCAAAGUUAUAAUAAGUACUGUAAAUUAUUUUGUUAUCAAAAAGUGUAGCUUCGCCAUAUAUGGAUGCACGACAAUGCAAAACGGCCAGCUAAACUGAUUGCUGUGAUACAGUAGCGUAAGUCAUGUUUCCUACGUGUCAGUGUGUCCGACAGGUGGACAUAAUUAUGUUUAAUAGAGAAUCUGUAUUUUAUGACUCAAUGUAACUGUUUCGAAUAAAAUACAAGCUAUUGUGACUGAACACUAUAUACCCUUACGUCGUUCCCUACAUUUAUGUUUAAAACUAUAUUUUUUGUACGUAAUCAAGACUCGUUUCGUUAAAUGACAAUAUACCCUCCAAAUUUCGAGAGCACUCGAUCUCCCGGUUGAGCUGUGAAUCUUUUUACACGUUUAAAUAGAGUUGUAUAAUAUUAUUAUUAUGAUAUUGUGAAAUUUACUAUUUCUUAGUAAAAUUACGACUGAUAAAUUUUUGAACCUUUAUCGUGUAGCGUUCUUACGACGUGAGAGCUGGCUGUUAUUUUGUGAUUCGUUUUGAGUAAUAUUUUAAUGUAAUGUGAAUAUCUUCAACACAAGCGCACGCUCCCCUUGGGUGAUGAAUUCCACGCUUAUAUUCUGUUUUUAUUACAUUCUGUCGUUAUUUUAGUAUAACAAAUGUUCCGCUUACAAAUAUUAUACAUUAUUUUGUCAUGGAUAUAUUUUUGACGCGAUGUAUAAGGUGGGCUUCCGUCCAUUGCGAGUGGCAGUUGACUUUCGUAGCUCGUGACGAGAAACAUUAACGCACGCAUCUGUCGUGUCGUAUACGAUGAAAAGCGCGCCCCGCUUCUGAUGUAUGUCCCGAUGUUUCAAUGUAUGUCAAUGUCUAACUCGAACGACAAUCGAGCGAUUGUGCUUAUUAAGGUCAACAUACAGAUUAAAGGCAGUAACACGAAGAGUUAUGAAGCGAAAAGCGGGAGUUUACAUGUAUCCGUGCACUCGGAUUUCUGUGUGAACGGGUGCUACAAACUCAAACAUUAGGUAUAUUAGGUACGUUCCACUCCCAGAACUCUUCUCGCCUGUAUUUUUAUAGUUCAGUGAGUUACCUCUAAAAUCAUGUUAUUAUUAAAAAAGGAAGAAAAUAUAAUGUUAUCUGUCUGCCGCGGAAGUUCACCUUUAAUAAAAUAUGGACCUAAUAAGUAACUUAAUUUAAAAAACGAGGUUAGGUUUCUUUGUGGUGAUUUUGCGACGUAUAAUUACCCGUAUAAAGUAUGAAGAGCUUCUUUAGGAAUUUUAUUGUGCGCUUGUGUGUCGCGCGGUGCGUUGUUGUGCCUGUCCCGUUCCGACCCGCACCGCCCCCGCCCCCGUCCGCCUCAGCCCCACUGCCCCAGUCUCACUACCCCCGAUCUACUGCCCCAUUAUCCCACAAUCCCAGUGUAUUCCGCCCACAACGCGCCAAGCGACGUCUUUUUAAACAAUUUAUAUUAAGACACAACUUGAUAAAUAAACACUUGCUGUACAACAA